AUGAACUCGCCCGCACGACGCGUCCUCGGAGAUAAAGACAAGAACGCGCAUCUCAAUAUCCGCUCUCCCAAGCGAGAUCCUACUUCUAAGUCUGAUAUGGCCACAAUAGCUACUUCUCGAAGAAUUAUUGAAUUCACACAGCCGUCAUCGAGCCCUCGAACAGGCAACAAGAGGAAGAUCGAGGAAGUUGAGGAUGCGGAACGCGUUCACGAGGACAACACUUCUGACUCACAGCGUACUCAACUCUUGAGCGAUAGUGAGUUAGACGAUGAUAGACACCAGAACAACACGUCGGUGUCUGUUGCGCGAACCUCGUAUGUGACUGCCGAAACCUCGUUUUCCGCAAGUCAAAUGCCCCUCGAGCCGCAUUUCGAACUACCUCAAGAGGAAAUGAGCCAGAGGACGUUGGAAAAGCUGAAUGAAGUGCCAAUGCCGCAAAACAAUUCACAAGCACCCUUCCUGAAACCUGCCCUUCUGAAAGAGAUAUCAGCAGGAAGUGUAGGGUUGGCCAAUUUCAUUAACUUCGAUGGCCUGCCGUCUAGCCAAGGAAGCGAACCACUACAGCUAGCUGAAAUUGAGGAGAAACAACAGAACAAGGUGAUAGAGGAGACGAAGCAGAAGGGCAAUGAUGUAGAACAACCGUCUGACGCUGCGGCUCGGAAGAGGAUGCUCAUCCAAAAGGCGGCCGAAUUGCAGACGCGCCUCCAGCUUGCGCUGUACAAGGUUCAGACAAAGCAAACAGGCCAGCCAUUCUCCCGUCUCAAGGCACCGCAACCUCUACGUCAAAGGUCUGCAUCCCCACCAACCAACUGGAGACCGAUGCUAGCCACCCCUCAAUUAUCGUCCUCGACCGCCAAGGAGCCAUCUUCAGGCCGAACAAUCACUUCCAUCAACCACACGCAAGACUCCCGUGCUGUGCACUCUGCAGAAGCAACCAUAGCAGCUAUGCGCGCACAAGCUACAGCUCAAACAAAGCCACCAGUGAGGGAUCUCAAUUCCUUGCCUAUGCCUCAGCUGGACCCAGCUUUGCUAGAAAGUUUCGACUCCCAACAAACUGAGCUUGUGACCGAGCCUGAUAGCCAUGGGAGCGCACCACAAAGUCAGCAUUUCCCAUCGUCUCCACCACUUUCACGACAUCCAUCGGGAUCUAAUCAGGUAGAAUUAUUGAGCGGACUCAAAGCAGCAGCGUCGAACCAAGCCGAUGUGCGGCAGCAGCUAAGCAGUCCACCAGUAAGUGAUGCUGGUAUGGAGGAAGGUAAUGUACAACGGACCGUCAGCCAGGGCGAAGCUGCAUCUGGGUUGGUUCAACUCAUGAGUGGGAGAUAG